UUUCCCUAACUCUUUCGAAUAGUCGCUAAAAUCUUGGAGUGUUUUUUGGUAAAACCGGAGGCAAUUGCAGAAUCUACAAUUACUCGAACACAUCUAGAGUGUUUUUAACGCGGCCCAUUUUUGGACACAGCCAAGGCCAGCAUCGCCGCGAACGAGUGCGAUCACGUCGUUUGAAUCCACCAUUGGGAUUUGAAGUUUUGAGAUUGGGGAGAGUGUGAAGGCUGGACGAAUAGUAUUCUGUGUGGUCGCCAUUUUAAAGUUGAUCACAGGGAAUUUCCGCUCCCUGCUCACGAGGCACGAAGUGUGCAAAGAUGGAGCUGAAUGACCAGAACCUGCAGACGCUGGCUGGCUACCUGGGCCAGACGCUGUCCCCGGACCCGGCCGUCCGCAGACCCGCCGAGAAGUUUCUGGAGUCCAUCGAGCGCAACGAAAACUACCCGCUGCUGCUACUGCAUCUGCUGGAUAGCAACUCAGUAGAGCUGCCGUACCGCAUCUCAGCCGCCAUCACCUUCAAGAACUUCGUCAAACGGAACUGGAAACCGGACGAGGACGGCAACAGCCACGUGUCGGAGAAGGACCGGACGGCCACGCGCCAGCUGAUCGUGGAGCUGAUGCUGCGCUCGCCGGAGCAGGUGCAGCGCCAGCUGAGUGAUGCCAUCUCGGUGAUCGGCCGGCAGGACUUCCCCGACCGCUGGCCGAACCUGAUCGGCGACCUCACGGCCCGCUUCGGCUCCGGCGACUUCCACGUGAUCAACGGCAUCCUGCGCACUGCACACUCGCUGUUCGAACGCUACCGAUUCGAGUUCAAGUCAAACGAGCUGUGGCUGGAGAUCAAGUUUGUGCUCGACAACUUCGCUAAACCGCUGACCGAACUCUUCGUAGCGACCAUGGGCCUGGCGGAACAGCACGCCACGAACGCCACCGCCAUGAAGCUCAUCUGCUCGUCACUGGAGCUCAUCUGCCAGCUCUUCUACUCCCUCAACUACCAGGAUCUGCCAGAGUUCUUUGAAGACAACAUGGAGACGUGGAUGCCCAGAUUUCUGCAGCUCCUUGAACUGGACAACAGACUACUGCAGACCGAUGACGAGGAGGAGGCGGGUCCGCUGGAGCUGCUGCGCACCCAGAUCUGCGACAACGUGACACUGUACGCGCAGAAGUACGACGAGGAGUUCCGGCCGUACCUGCCGCGCUUCGUGCAGGCCGUCUGGACGCUGCUGGCCAACACGGGCAUGCAGGUCAAGUAUGACCUGCUGGUUAGCAACGCCAUCCAGUUCCUGUCGUCGGUGGUGGAGCGGCCGCACUACAAGCAGCUGUUCGAGGCUGAGGGCGCGCUCGCCUCCAUCUGCGAGAAGAUCAUCGUGCCGAACAUGGAGUUUAGAGUGUCGGACGAGGAGCUGUUCGAGGACAACCCGCAGGAGUACAUCCGGCGAGAUGUGGAGGGCUCGGACGUGGACACGCGCCGCCGCGCCGCCUGCGACCUCGUCAAGUCGCUGUCGCGGCUCUUCGAGCAGCGCAUCACGCAGGAGUUCUCACAAUACGUGCAGGUGAUGCUGGCCAAGUCGGCCGAGAACCGGACGGCCAACUGGAAGCACAAGGACGCGGCCAUCUACCUAGUCACCUCGCUGGCGGCCAAGGGCUCCACGCAGAAGCACGGCGUCACGCAGACCAGCGCGCUCGUCAACCUGGACGAGUUCUACCAGACGCACAUCCUGCCGGAGCUGCAGGACCGGCAGCUGGCACAGUCGGCCGUGCUGAAGGCGGACGCCGUCAAGUACGUGAUGGCGUUCCGCGGCCAGCUGGCGCCGGAGCUGGUGCGCGGCGCGCUGCCCCACCUGGCGGCGCUGCUGCGCGCGCCGGCCGCCGUCGUACACAGCUACGCGGCCAUGGCGCUCGAGCGGGUGCUGACGGUGCGCAGUGCCGACAAGACGCCCCUGGUGCAGAGCCAGCACGUGGCGCCGCUGGCCGGCGAGCUGUUCGCCAAUCUGGUGUCCAUCUUCAGUCUGCCGGCGUCGCAGGAGAACGAGUAUGCCAUGAAAGCCGUGAUGCGCACGUGUUCGGCGCUGCAGGAGGCAGCCGUGCCGCACCUGGGAACCCUGCUGCCCACGCUGACCGGCAUCCUGACGCAGGUCUCCAAGAACCCCAGCAAGCCGCACUUCAACCACUACUUGUUCGAGACGCUUGCCCUCUCCAUACGGGUGGUGUGCAAGGCACAGCCGUCGGCCGUGGCCACCUUCGAGAGCGUGCUGUUCCCCACCUUCCAGACGAUCCUGCAGCAGGACGUGCAAGAGUUCGUGCCGUACGUGUUCCAGCUGCUGUCGGUGAUGCUGGAGCUGCAGACGAGCGUGCCGGAGCCGUACCAGGCGCUGCUGCCGCACAUUCUGGCGCCCGUGCUCUGGGAGAAGACGGGCAACGUGCCGCCGCUGGUGCGCUUCAUCACCGGCUGCGUGCGCCGGGACCCACAGGCCCUGCUGCGCGUCGACAAACUGCCGGCCCUGCUCGGCGUGUUCCAAAAGCUGAUAGCCAGCAGAGUGAACGACCAUCACGGCUUUGCUAUUGUCAGCGCGCUGUUCGAAGCGCUGCCAGAGUCCAGCAUGGAGCCCUACACGCGGCAGGUGUUCUUCCUGCUCUUCCAGCGGCUGAGUAGCAGCAAGACGGUCAAGUUCGUCAAGAGCCUGUUGGUGUUCAUCUUCCUGUUCGCGCACCUUCGGGGUGGCCAGAAACUGGUGGAGACCAUUGACGCCGUACAAGCCAAGAUGUUCGGCAUGGUUGUGGAGCGGCUGAUCGUGCUGGAGGCGCAGAAGAUCUCGGGCUCGCAGGACAAGCUGGUGUGCACGGCCGGCAUGGUCAACCUGCUGUGCGACACGCCGGCUCUGCUCGACGGACCGUACACCCAGUACUGGGGUCCAAUCCUGCAGGCGCUGAUUGGCCUGUUCGAGCUGCCCGAGGCCGAGGACGACGGCGUGGAGGACGCCCACUUCCGGGACGUGGAGGAGUCGCAGGGCUACCAGGCGGCCUUCUCGCAGCUGCUGUUCGCGCCCGUCCCGCCGCACGACCCGCUCAAAGGUGCCGUCACCAGUCCACGGGAGCACCUGGUGCGCGGUCUCCAGCGGCUGGCGCAGCGGCAGCCGGGCCGCGUGCCAGCCCUGGUCAGCGCCGGCCUGGCGCCGGAGGCCGCCGCCUUCCUUCAGAAGUACGUCCAGCAGACCGGUGUCACGCUACAGUGA